AUGUGCCCUGCUCCAACAUCUGCAGCAUCCUCCUUCACUCCACCUUUGAACACGAUGCCUCCUGCACAGAAGUUGGCAGCAAGAAGAUGGCAACCAGCAGAGUCGCCAGCCACUGAAUGUGAAAGAGUAAGGGCUGAAACGAUCAUGAGGAACAAUCGUGUGUUUCAGUCCAUUGGUAUUAAUGCAACAAAGGACAUUUUGAACAAGACCACUGCAGCUAAGAAGGCUAUGGAUCGUGAAAACUCUGGUUCAUUGUAUGACCCUGGAGAUAGUGAUGGCAGUGAAGAGGGUCAAUCAAAUCACACUGUAGAUCGAUGGAAUAAAGGAAAAGGCAUGGGCAGAGACUUGGAUCGCAUAAGCCGAGGCUUGAACACUAGGAUUCCAGUGGACAAGUGUGCAAAAAAUGCACUUAACCGUGAGAAAGUAAGGUUUCAUCAGAUGACAGGAUCUCGGUGCUAUAUUGCGACAACCCAUGCCUUGAAGCAAGAGAAAUAUAAAGAUGAACCACCCAGUGCGAUAGAUCUUUUCAAGGCGCUACAUUGCAGCAGCAAGACUGGGUUUAAUGAGUCUGCAAAGGAAGCUAUUGCUGAAAUGGAAUCCAUCGCUGUUGCACCUGUAGAAGACGGCCAAGUUUCAAAGACCCCUGCUGAAGUUGUUGCUCAAGUGUUGCCGAAAUCAAAAUUUCUUCAAAAUAUUAGCCUUCAGCUAGCAGCCCCCAAGAGAAGCUCCAAAGCCAUUAAUGAUGCACGGAUUAUAGAACUUGAAGCAGAAGUUGCAGCUGGAAAGCAAGACAAAGAAGAACUAAAGGAUGAGAUGGAGACUUUGAAGAAGGUGGAGGAAUCAGAAAAUGAAAGACGCAGGCUGUUAGAAGAGACAGAGCAGUUGAAGAAGGCACAAGAUGAGUUGAAGAAGGCACAAGACAAGACGAAUGCUUUCUUUCAUCGCAUGUUCAGCAAAGAGUAA